ACAAUCGGUGAGCUCAACGGGCACAAACGCCAUGGGACGCAUCCUCAGUAUUGCCUUGGCGAGCGUCGGCAGCAAGGGAGCAGCUGCAACAGCAGCCCCACAGCAGUCCUCCCGGCCCAGCUCAUGCAGAGCCUGUUCGACCGGCCCUGCUGACUUGCCUCCUUUCCCCGCCGCCGUUGAUCCCGGCCACUGCACCACCACCAUUACCUCCCAAUCCAUUCCCGCCCAGCCAGCUGACCAAAGCAGCUUCCGUCUAGCCCUCGAGCCACUGCCUGAGCCCGCGGUACUUCCCAGUCUCAGCGCCAGCUGCCCAUUGUCCGCAGCGAAGGAAAACGACUCGACCCUCGUCCCCGUGGGCAACGAGUGUAAGGUUAGAAAGUUUGCUGAACAGCUGAUCUCUGAGCCCGCUAACCGGCCACGGCUUGCAACCAAGAACCAGCCCUGGAGCCUGGGUGUGCUUGCAGCCGGCGCCCGGGACAGCUGUGGUGGCUGUGGUGCUGAGCAGGGCUUGGAUGACCCGCCAGACGGGGCUAGACAAAGCCUAAAGCACCGGAACGAGUUGGAUGCGCGUCCAUGCGGACCCAUGGGUCUGCAGCCGGAGGAAGUUCAACAGCACCAACAAGAGCAGCAGCUGGCGCGUGGCCCGCAGGCGGAUGGUCAGGAGAGAAAUGAGCUGGACAAUGUUCACCUUGCGCUUAGGGGCUUGUCGACCAUGGGGCUGGGCGAGGGCGAUGUUGCAUCAUCUAACUUUGGCGGCAGUGGCGCAGGUGUAGUUGCUGAAAGCGGUCUGGGACUGAUGUUUAACAGCACAGCAAGUCGGCAGCGCAGCAGCACAGCAGGCAUCGACACAGUGCCUGAGAACCGCGCGCCCAGCACCGUUGGUUCGGACUACCUGCUCUUACAGACGAUAACCAAGUGGGCGGCGGGAACGACCCACGGGUCAUCUUCUGCUGCACGACAACAGGCCCCCAACGUUGCAGCCCGCAAUGCCCCGAGCCGUCUACCGCCGCUGCAGCCCCGACCUCCCAUGCCCGCUCCAAGCUGCAGUGGGCUUGCCAACGGUGCUGCCAGCAGCUCUGCCGCUGUCCCUGAGGCGAAGGAAAGCCCCUCCCCUGAAGCUGGUGCUCCAGCAUCCUUUCCUCUUCAGAAGUCCUUGUCGCGGAAAUUGGUAAGGCUUGUCAGGUCGCUAAGCCGUCCAACCACGACGGUCAGCACCGCUGCGGGUACGGGCGGUGAUGGCAGCGGCGGUGACGCCGACCCAUCUGCCUCCACUAUGCCCAACGGUGGUCCUGCUUCUCCUGGUGAAGCACCCACUGGGUGCAUAAACAGCACCGGUAGCCCAACAACGUUGGACGGAAACAAGUCUACGUCGGUUGUAACAGGGGACGCUGGAUGCCGUCUGGGCCGGGUUACCUCCGACGGCGGUGGCAG